AUGACGUCACCCCCAGCGUUUUGGACCUCGGGUAGAAGUUGCCUUCGGGCCAGCCCAAGUUGGUGGGUCCCACACCCCCCCGGGCCUGGGCUGCUCGGCUGGAACGCAAAUUUUUUUUUUUUCCCUAGCCUCGAGCUGGGCUUGCUGCUGGCUCUAAGGCUUAGCUCCCUUUGUUAUCCAAAUCUCAACAAUCAUGUGUGCGAUGCAGAGGAGUUGUUUCCGUUGGUGCGACAGGAAGACUUGAAUAUGAAUCCGACGUCGAAUGAUGCAAUCAGAGAAAGAGGUUCAACAACACGUGGGACAGCUCUUCACCUGGCAGUUGCGCUUAAAAAUGUAAAAAUGGCGAAAGCGUUAGUGGAGUUGAUGACGGAGGACGACUUGGAAAUACAGGACGCUACUGGUCAAAUAGCUAUGGCCUACGCUGCGAUUCUAGGAAUCACACAAUUGGCUAAUCUCGGCCACUGGGAAUUGGCUCGCUACCUCUAUUCUGUUACUCCACUCGAUGCUCUGUUGCAAGACAACGGCCACGUUGGCGCUGAGAUUGUUUCGGAGAGUUUUAGGGCCAAAAAUUUCGAUGUUGCAUUGGAUUUAAUUCGGCGUUGCCCAAACUUAGCCCUUGCUAAAAGCUACUCUGGGUUGACCCCUUUACAAGUGUGUGCUGGUACGCGUUCUGGAUUUUUAAGUGGAAUGCAUCUCAAAUUUUGGCAACAAUGGAUCUAUGAACGUUAG